AGUGGCCAGUUUGCCAUCGUGAAGAAGUGCCAGGAGAAGAACACAGGGCUGGAGUAUGCAGCCAAGUUCAUUAAGAAGCGUCAUAGCCAGGCCAGCCGGCGAGGUGUGUGCCGGGAGGAAAUCGAGCGGGAGAGUAUCUGGAGGAGAACUGUUCGAUUUUCUGGCCCAGAAGGAGUCACUAAGUGAAGAGGAGGCCACCAACUUCAUUAAGCAGAUCCUGGAUGGGGUAAACUAUCUUCACUCAAAGAAAAUUGCUCACUUUGAUCUCAAGCCAGAAAACAUUAUGUUGUUAGACAAGAAUAUUCCCAUUCCUCACAUCAAACUGAUUGACUUUGGCCUGGCUCAUGAAAUAGAAGAUGGAGUUGAAUUUAAGAACAUUUUUGGGACACCAGAAUUUGUUGCUCCAGAAAUUGUGAACUAUGAGCCACUGGGCCUGGAGACUGACAUGUGGAGCAUCGGUGUCAUCACCUACAUCCUCCUUAGUGGAGCAUCCCCUUUCCUGGGAGACACAAAGCAGGAAACAUUGGCAAAUAUCACAGCAGUGAGUUACAACUUUGAUGAAGAAUUCUUCAGCCAGACGAGUGAGCUAGCCAAAGACUUCAUUCGGAAGCUUCUUGUUAAAGAGACUCGGAAACGGCUCACCAUCCAAGAGGCUCUCAGACAUCCCUGGAUCAUGUCAAAAGGAGAAAUCAGAAGCCCUGAACAGCUGAAGACACAGCCUUCCCAGCUGAAGACCAAACGCCUGAGAGAGUAUACCCUCAAAUGCCACUCAAGCAUGCCCCCCAACAACACCUAUAUCAACUUUGAGCGUUUUGCCCAAGUGAUAGAGAAUGUGGCUCAGGUGGACCAGGGAUGCCAUGCCUUAGCAAGAGCCCGUGAUACCCUUGAGGAUGAUGUGGAAGCCCUGGUCUCAAUCUACAAUGAGAAGGAGGCCUGGUACAGAGAGGAAAAUGAGAAUGUUCAGUCUGACCUGUCCCAGCGCAAGUAUGAGUUCCACAAAGUGGAGUCCAUGAAGAAGUUCUUGCGAGAAGAUAUCCAGGCCACAGGGGCCAGCCUUGGAAUCAUGGCCAGGAAGUUAGACCAUCUGCAGGUGCAAUUUGAGGCUCUGAAGCAGGAGCUCUCAACAGACUUAAAGUGGAUGCAGGAACUAGUGGGCAGCUUCCACCUGGAGAGUUGGAACACAGAUGGCCUGGACCCAGGCUCCAUGUUUCACCAGAACACCAAUGAAUCCCUAUCGGAGCUGCUAACAGAUCAUGCACAGAGGAAAUCCUGGCCAGCUUGAAGCUCAGAGCACCAGAAUCUAGUCAGUAGAAUAUCCACUACUGUAGUAGUGUGCUGUCUUCUACUCUGUCAUGGCAUCCAACUAGAAUUAUCUCACAGGGUGUGUGUAGUGCAGCCUUCUACUCCUUCCUGAGACUCCCCAGUCACUGAGGUGAACUUUGCAUCUCCCUCACCAGUCUGGGUUUCUGAGGGGAUACUGACAAUGCAGCUGAGCUGUUGGCACAAUUAGAGAAUAUAGACCCGCUCACCAUGCCCUUCUCCCACUGGUCCCUAGAUGUUUGAUAACUGAUUAAUGAUGAUGGAUUGGCUCACUUCUCACUUUCCACCUACAUGUGUCUUAUGAGAGCAGAUCUUGGGUAAUAGUUGAGUUAACUAAGGAUAACUAGAUCAACAUGGGGCUUUCCUGUUACAGAACUGGAGCUUUUAAAGGUACAGAGAAAAUACUAACUUUCAUUUGAAUUGUCUUCUUGCUUAUCAAGUCUUUCAGUCUGUGACCUCACUGAUCCCUAAAAAGCUCUGUGAGAUGAAGAACUGGAGAUGUAGUUCAGUUUUUAGUGUGCUUGCCUAGUAUGCAUGGAGUCCUGGAUUUGAUCCCCAGCACAGCAUAAAUUGGGCUUGGUUUAUAUACCUACACUCCUGAGAGGAAGAGGCAGGAAGAUCAAGAGUUCAAGAUUAUCCCUGGCUAGAUCAGAGUUCCAGGCCAGCCUAGGAUAUAUGAGACCCUGUCUCAAAAAAGAAGGUAGAUGACAAUAUUAUUAUUAUUAAUUUCCCUGUAACUGAUGAAGAAAUUGACUCAGAGAGAAUAUGACUUAGGAUCAUUAAUAACCAGUUGGUACAGAUGAAAGGGAAACCAGAGUGCCCAUUGUUGAGGUGAGGUAUAAGGAAGGAAGUUUAGUGAAGCUCAGCUAUAAAUAUCCACUUUAAUAUUUAAAUUCAGAUCCCAGAGGCCAAAUAAGUAACUUCAUGUAUUUUACCAAGUAUAGGUAAAACAUGCCCACCUACAGAUGGUUGUUCCAGGAGCUGUGCUCAGAAGGUGUAACUACUUUUUCUAAUAAGCCUCCUCCCUGUCUGAAGAUUACCCUGCAGAGCAAGAACAGAGCAUCUCCAUUCUCAUCAACCCUUUCCCCUCUAGCUUUUGACUAGAGGUUCCAACUUUAUGUUGAGAAUGAAGACCAAAAGACACUUGUCAAGGAGAUAUCUAUUCGUAUGGGCUAGACCAGUUGGCCCUGAAGAUCUGAGAAAUUUCAUGAGAGUUUUGAGAAGCACAAGACUCAUUGGUCUCUUCAGGCCCUAAUCAUCCUUUCUGAGGACUAUGUGAUCUCAUCGCUCUUCCCUAGGAGGAAGGUCAACCAAUAUCGUCUAUACAUAGCAUAUGGAAUAUAUCCCAGCUAGAAGCUUGGGAUGAUAUAGUGCCUCCAUGAUGAUAUGAUAAAAUGCCUCCAUGACCUCAUAAAAUAUCCAUCCAUAUUUGCAUUAAAUGUUAUUCCCAGGUUAGAGAUGAGGAAACAGACAAGGAAUGAGAAAUGCCCUGCAUUACAUCAUUAGUGAUAAAAGUGGGAGCCUCUAAUGAGAACUCUAUAGAUCUUUCUAUUUCCCAUAACUACUUAGGCUCUAGGAAUUUACUUUCUGCCUGUGGAGAUAGGUGGUCCCCAAGUUCAUCCAUCCAUUCACACAUAGCAGGCACCUACCAAUAUUUAGAUACUUGGCUUGAGUCUGGGGAUACAAAAUCGAAUAAAAACAAGCCUAUUUCCUGCUUCCUUGGAGUUCUCAGUCUCAUGAUAGAUUCUAGCAUCAAACAAGAAUUAUAUGCAUGUAAAACAAUAUCUGGUUCCUAUGCAAUGAAAGAAGCAGGCAGCACCACAAGACCUGCAGUGUGAGGUUUGAUCUGCUCAGGGGAGGUGUCCCUGUACAGACCAUACUGGGGUUCAGAUCAGCUAAGCAAACCAGGGAGAGUGGUAGGGCCAUCAUCCCAGGCCUCUGUGAUGAAAGGAGAGUGGAAAGUUAGCAGUGCAAGAUUGAAAAAAAGCUAAAAAAAGGAGAGGAUGGGAGACAUGUCUUGGGAGAAACAAGACCACCAGGACUUUGGCCAUGUUAGAGAGCUUUGCCUUUGUUCCCAGAGUCAUGGGAAGCUACUAAUAAUGAGUCCUGGGCUAGUGCUGGGGAGGAAAUGCCCAAUGGACAGCAUAGACUGGAAGUGGUUUAGGAUAAUACAUGAGAUUUUGAUCUCAUGAAGCCAUUGUUCAGAUUGCUGGUUUUUUUUAUUAUUAUUAGCAAGCUGGAUCAUUUAAAAUAUCACAUAUAAUAGCAAUAGAAAUUAUUUCACUCAAAUAUAAAAAAAAUCAUGAUUAUAAGAUGCAUCAUUAUUUUUAUGGACCGUUGAGAAAGAAAACAAAUUCCAGCAUGGGCAGUUAACUAGGCAAUACCCUACUAUACAAAGCUGUGAUGGCCUCAAAUGAGAGGGCAAAUGAGAAACAGAGCCACCAUGCAGAAGAGAGAGCAGGAAACACACCUGUCUCAACCUUGACCCUAGGUGGUGGUGAAAAACUGCAAAUAGGUGACCUAUCUUGCAGCUUUGUUCUUUGAGUUUGUGCUCCAUCAGAGUAAUACAGAAAAACUUCAAGCAGGGACUGCUGUGCCUCACAGUCAAAGGUUGAAUGACCCUACAUGGCUGGCCAAAACACUGAGUUCUUUUCCAGAGCACCUGCUACACUCUAGGCCCACAGUAGUUAAAUGUCACCAUUGAUUGGAAGAUGGUUCCUGACGUCUUAGGUCUAAAAAUGCACAUCCUGGAAUCAAGGAAAGAUGGCAGAGCUCUGUUCCUGUGCUGUACCAGAGAAAACUGAAGCAAAUAACCUCUGUAAUCUCCUCAAAGUUUUAUAUGCCCUGUCACAGGACAUUGCAUAUUUGUUUGGUACAACACUGCAGAUAUUAACGUUCCUUUUGGUCAUGUCAUCAGGCCUUGAUCUUCACAUCCAAGUUUCCUAAGGAGAGGAAGGCCACAAAUGGAGUGAUACAGGAUGAACUUUUCUAUGAAGGAGAAGAUUUUAAAAAAAUUAAAAUGGGGGGCUGGAGAGAUGGCUCAGUGGUUAAGAACACUGGUUUUUCUUGCAGAAGACCCAGGUUUGAAUCUCAGCACCCACAU